AUGAGCAUGACGGCGACUACAGAGGGCGAUGACGGGUACAGACGGCGGCAGUCGGAGAUCUACAGAAUGCAGGAGACGCUGCUUGACACAACACAAACGGCUGAGACGGCAGGCGCGGCCGAGCGCGUGCAGGAGGCGGACCCGGACGGACAGGGGGCGGGCGUCGACUCGGGCGAGCUGCUGGAGGUUGUGGAGCGCCACUACGGGGCGCGGCGGUGCGCGCUGGGGACGAUACGGUACGAGGCCGCGCGCGCGGGCCGGCUGACGGGCGGCGCGGGCGCGGCCCUGCCGUUUCCGUACGAGGUGGGGCAGCAGACCGUGCCGGUGCCGCUGCUGCCGCGCAUGGGCACGGCAGCGAUCAACAGGCUCGUGACGGUGGAGCUGAGCGCGGAGGACCUUGAGAGCGCGCUCGCGACGGGCGAGAACGCACGCGUGCGCAACCGGGAGCUAUGGGGGGUAGACGUGUACACCUGCGACUCGGACCCGCUGCUGGUGCUGGUGCACUGCGGGGUGCUGGACGCGGAGCUGAGCGGACAGGGCGCGGGCAGCGGGCCGCGCCGCCGCACGCCCGCCAACCGGGCGAACCCCGACUGCGUGACGCGCGGUGUCAGUGCCGCGCCGAGCGUGCGGCGCGGCGCGUACCACUUUGACGUGCGCGCGCAGCUGCUCAUGCUCCCCCCUUUGCAGCGCUACGCAAGCGCCGAGCGGUUCGGCCUGCAGUCACGUGAAUGGAAUACCCUGCACGACGGGCUAAGUUACGGACUAUACGAGGUGACGAUAUUGCUACGGGACCCGACCCUCAGGGAUGUGGGCGGUGCGGACCAGAUUACUAAGGUGGACUGGUAG